AAGAAGUGGGCGCGAUCGCCCAGAGGUUGUAUGUGCAAAAUAUCGGCACUCUCCUGCAAUCGCGCGGUUGGACCAUGGAGAACGCACCCCCAGCGCAAAUCGAACAAUUCAAGAAGCAGUGUAGAUCCAAUGCUCAGAGUAGAUGGGUGCAGGAAAAGCAGCGAAGCGCGGGGCAGGCAUCGUUAACGCCGCAGCAGCAGCAGAUGCUCCUGCAGAGGCAACGGCAAGCUGUAGCGAUGCAGCAACAGCAACAGCAGCUUAUGCAGCAGCAGGCUAUGCAGCAGCAGCAACAACAACAACAAGCUAUGCAGGGCAUGAUGCCGCAGGGCAUGUAGUGCUACACUUGCGCCAUCGUGGAAGGGGUUUCGGGAGGGGGGUUUUAAAAGCAGGAGACAACUAACAACAGUUGGCAGCUGGAUAUUCGUGGCUUGUGCUAUAUAUUUCUAUUGGCAUAGACGAAGGUACAAGAGACUAUGUGACACACUGCGUCUGGCUAGCUGCAACAAGAUGUCAGGCUCAUUGAAGGCAUGCGCGUCUCGAGUUGAUUUUGACCGUUGCGGAUUCGAUCUCAUUGAACGAGCUGCCGAAGCUCGACGAGCGCCAGAAAGUCCUGCACCAGCCACGAGCGCGAUAUACGACAUUCUUCACUUUACCAUUGCAAAUAUUAAUGCUUUGGAGCCUGGGACACGUGACAGAACGGGGCACAGGUCGGCGUUCCGAAGGAAAGGGGUGUGAGAGAGGCUUCUCAGUCAAGCAUCGAUUGGCAAAAAAAAAAACAAAAAAAAAACCCUUGCAUCGAGUCUUGAGUUUACACUGUAUUGCGGUUUUCAUUCUACAAGGUCUUUAUACCCCCAGAGUCUUUGCGCGGUCCGAAGUUUCUAUCUUGAUCGUUUGCGGAUACAGCGUUACUACAACCAAAACUUGGUCACGGAGGCGCCUCUUGUGCGCAGAAAUGUGAAGGUUCUUGCCUUUUGAGAGACUCGUUGCUAGGAGGCAGUAGCGAUGGCGGGAAACGGUGGUUUGGGAUGGAUUCUGCUUGGAUCCUUUGUGUGCUUUUGCAGCGUCUGUUAUUGGGAUCUUUUAGCAUCAGGGGGUGGCUCUGCGCGCAACUUUUUGCUCCUCAUGAUACUUGGGGAAAAGAAGGGUUGGUCGGGGGCGUGAAGAAGCGCAAGAAAGGGGUCUAUGAGACAACAUGUCGAUGGGGUUACUCGGCCGCCUCUCUUGGUAAUCCACUGCAGGUAGUUUUGCCCGGUGAGUGGACGCGGCGCGCACCGCAGGUCUUCUUCACACCGUCGAUUAAUGUUUCUUUUUCCACACGUUAAGUCUGCUAGCGUUCUGAAAACUACCUUUGCAUAGUUUGGUUGAGAAAAUCAAGUCGAGAAAAUAUAAAAAUAAAGAAUCUACACACU